AUUUUCUUUCUGCUUAACAAAGUUAAAAAAAAAAAAAAAAAAAAAAGCAGGCAGAAUAUAUGGAUUAUACAAAGCGGAUGUUUAUAGCCAGGCACUAAAUUACACCCUGGAAUCUCACGGCGUCAACGCUUCCUGAUGUUCAGACUGAGUUGGGCUCAGAGCCAGAGAGAGCCAAAGGAAAUGAAGGUUUCCUGUCCACUCAGCUCAUGGUUAAAUUCCACUCAGACUUUUUAGCAUUUGAACUCAUUUAAACAACACACAGUUUCUAAGUUGUGGUUCAAAUGUGGUGAAUCUGGUAAUUAAUGCUGGUUCUGCAGGAGUGAACCAGAACAUGAGGUAAUCAUGGUUAAUUACGUUGAUGGUAUAUUAAUAUACUGUUGGUCCUCUUUCAUAUGCAGUACUUGGUGCAAAGACGCUGACGCUCCAGGAAAAACACAAUCAGCUGAACACAGGUCUGGGCCGUCGUUUGGUAACUCUCACUUCCUUUCUUCUGGUUUGUCCCAGUAUGGUGACAGACAGACAUGAUCUGUGUGUUGUAUUUUUGCAUUUCCUGGAUAUUUCCUGUUCUCCAGGCUGAACAAGUUUACUGACUGACUGUGUUGAUACUUAACAGCCUAAACAGAUUAAAAGUAAUCAUGGACCAAAGUACUGCAAAAAAAAAAAAUAAAUAAAUAAAUAAAUCCAUCAAUCCAGAAACAGAAUAAAUCAAGAGUCAAUUAUACUUUUAUAAUGCAAUUAUAAAAAUACAUAUUAAACUACAAAGGUAUAAAAAAUUCAAAUAAAAUAAAACUAUUAUAGUUAUAAAAAUAAUAUUAUAUUGCUGUAAAACCAACGCUAGAGUUAAUGUAUUGGUGUAAACUACUUUUGCAUGCAUACAGUACAAUGUGGUGAAACAUAUAUUCAAAGUUUAAUAACUGAUAUUAAUAAUAAUGAUAAUGAUAAUAAUAAUUCCAAAUUUAGAAAGUAAAUUGUCCACAAAUUAUACUAUUGUGAUAUACUGUAUGUAUAUACAAUAAUACACAAAUAUAGAAAAUUGUUUCUCAAAUUAGUGGAGAAAAUAAUCUAAUUCUAAUUUUUUUAUUAUUAUUUAUUCAUUUUUUAGAUUCCAAUAAGUCCUUAACCUUUUAUGAAAGUCUUUACCAAAACAAAUCAAAGUCUGACCAAAGAAUUUUGCUUUUUUUUUUUCAUCUGGACAAACUCUUCCCUCUGUCUGUGAGCCCACACUAAUUCAAGCACUUCCUGCUGUUCGACUCCUCAUCAACACAGUACACUGGUCAAAGUCACCCACCCUGUAAACCACCUUUGGUUUCUGACAUGACUGUUAUGCCUGUUUGAAGUUUUCCUUCAGCUGCUCAGUAUAAAGUCGUCAAUAUUACACAGACUUGUGGAUUUAUUUAUUCUCAGGGACUGGAAUUUUUAUAACCAUCACAUGGUCUCUGAUUCCUCCUGAUUUUCUCCGACCAUGUUGUCCCAGACGUAUUAUUUACUAGCGGAGGUGUGGGUUUAGGAGUAGUGGACCAGAACAGUGCAGCUCACAUGGUUUCAUUAAAUGACAUAGUGAUAAAGUAACUACAGACAGACAGUACUCUGAAACCUGCUCUGUCUUGUGUUGUCUUACUACUAUCUUUGUUGUUUUUUGAAACAGUCUUUCGUGACUGUUUUGGUGACUUUCUUGCUUUUUUCACAUUGUAUGGAUGUAAGGAUUUCUGGAUGGAUGGAUGGAUGAAUUAAUGAAUGUGAUCUGUGUGGAAAACAGUAUAAUCUUGUAGACAUAAACCACAUUUAAAUAAAAACAUUAAUGGAAGCAUAAAUGUCAUAUGGUAAAAAAAACCACAGCUUGAGCUGAAUUUCCACUGAGUCAGACUGUGUCAGCAUUCGUUUUCAGUUCCGGUGAACAGCAGAACUUCAAUAAUCAUCAUCAAAAAUCAGAGUUCAUCAGAAGAAGAAAAAAGAAAGUGUUCGUCGAUGCUUUGCUGCUGAACAGUUUUUUUAUGAAUGAGAAAAGACACCAGUCAGGUAAUCUUUUUUUUUUAUUAUUAUUUUCUUUUUGGAGGAGGAAACCACCUGAGCUGCCUGAAUGGAAUUCUGUUUUCUCACGGUGUGGGCGGGGAGCAGGGAGUAGAGUUGGGUUUCAGUUCCAGCCCCUUUUCUAUUCUCUCUCACUCAGUCACACACAGAAACUCAGUGUUGCUGCAGCCUGGUCACAGGGCAGGAGCCACCGGGAGCUGAAUGAGGACGUCGGAUUGGCCUCAGACUUUUCUGCCUGAUUACGAGCUCAGCUUCCAUCAAUGAGUAGCCACAACAUCACACGUCACACGGAGAACUUUCCCGACUCGUCCGCACCCUUUCCAAAGGCCAUUCACCUUUGAUAAAGGACUGAACCGGUUUGACGUCUACUUGACAGUCACACUGAACGUUCAUGUGUCGGAUGAGUAUUUUUUAUCAAAUGAGGAAAUGGCCAAGAUGUACAGACUGUGUAUAGGAAUUAUCACAGCGUUGGCCUUCUGCAAAUACUGCCUCGCAGAGGGGAACACCACGGUGGAGUCGACCAACCGGACCGUGGAUCACUGUCACCAGAAUGGCAGCAGAGACAACUGCACAGAUACAGAGCCAUGGAGCGGUCACUUUUCAGAAUGUCCACAACAAUUUGAGUUCUACUGUGUCCAUGGCGACUGUCGAUACGUCAAAGACCAGGAGACUCCAUCUUGCAGGUGUCACCACGGCUUCAUCGGCUCCAGGUGUGAGUACGUGGACUUGGGGUUUCUGAGAGGAGAGAAACGUCACAUCAUCAUCGCAUGUAUCGUCACAGGACUUCUCCUCCUGAUUCUUCUUCUUGGGUUCAUCUGCUUCUGUUCACGGCGAAAAUCCAGAUUGUGUUGGCAGAAACGAAGACGCAGGGAAGCACCAACAAACGGUUCAGAGAAGCUCAGCAUGAUGGAUACCAGAGCCGCGCACGCCGCGCUGACAGCGGACGCCAAAGAACCGCCUCUCACAGACACGGUAUGAGCAGUGACGGGCUCAUUGUUCCUGUGCGAGUCUGGAGAUCAUCCACGAUAAUGGGAAGUGUGAAGAUCUGAGGGACCUCGUCCUCCGUGUGACAGCUGCUGCCUUUGGUCUCACAGUAGGGACACUGAGCAGUUAGACACGCCUCUGCUGGAUGGUGAGGACACCCGGGGGAUGAAACAAGCCCACCGCUCCGGAACAUCAGGCAGAAUCGUCUGUUCUUGGAGGACAGAUAUGUUGACAACUGAGGUUCGUGGAAGAACGCACUCCUGGGUCGGAUAUAAACAUGAAGUGGAGAUCAAUGUGACACGAUGGCUGUGUUAUGGCAGGAAUUCAAUUUUCCAACACUGCGAAGUGGAGUGCAGUUGAAGCCACGCCCACUGAGUGCCAGGCUCUGUGUAAAUCAGCUGUCUCUGUUUUGGAAAAACAUGUGACAACAGCUGAGAGUCAGUGAUAACAGUGGAGGAGCUACUGCUCUGGAAUGUAUGUACACACGACCCAUCAAGAUGCUGCACUGCAUGUGAAAAUACAGUAGACGACCAGCAACUACAGCACAGGCUACUGUAGCUUAGGCUGAGGUUUUUAUUUAUUUAUUUAUUUUUUUUGCGAUUUCCAAAUCACAACCACAAACCAAAAGCCUCGGCUGCAUCUGAACUAAAAUGUAGCUACUUGUCAACUUUAGUAAUGCAAUAAACAGCCUCACAUAUAUAUGUGUGAUCGCAGCCCAAUCCUGUGAGUGGGGAGAGGACAAGGAGAAGUUGUGCAGGAGAAAAACAUCUGUAUAUUUGGAGCCGAGCAUCGUCUGAGCUGCAGGCAGAACAGCUGAGCCAGUGUGUGGAGGAUCAACUGAGGUGAAAGUGCUCCACUGUAUCAGACUGUCAGUCCUGCACUGGUCUGUACCUGUGUGUGUGUGUGUGUGCGCGUGCGCUGACUCUACGUUUAAAUGUGGAUGCAGGAAAGUUAGGUCACUGAUGCCUGCAGCUGUAAGUAAUAAAUAUACGUAUAUUUUCCGUGUGUGUGUAUUCCAUGAACAUUUGCUUAAAGAAUCCAGUAUGAUCCAGUAUGAAAAAGGAUUCGCUCCGUGCAUCUUCAACUUCUCUGAGUCACUGUAGGGCUUUCCAGGAAUUUUAAAAGGUCAGUCUGUUGGUCGGACUUAAAAUUCAGGGCCAUUUCUGGCCCACAAACUCCCAACAUGUGGCCCACAACUAGAUGUCAUUCAUAAUUACAUGUUGCCCUUGAGGUCAUUUAUUAUCUUCAUCUUAAAAAAUGCUACUGUAGUAGCACUGCCCCCUCAGCUCAUUUGAGUUUGAGAAGACUGAUGUAACAUGUGAUAUUUGAAGAGAUUUUAAUUCCACCUCAGAACCAGCAGAGGGUGACAAAGAAGACAUACCUAAGACCUUUAGGUUGAAUCAAGGAGGGGGUGGACGUCUCCACGGUAUGACUUCUAGUUUGAUAAUAAUUUU